AUGAACGGUGACAGUUACACCUCGUCAAGGGGCGAUAGGCACAAUUAUUCAUCGUCGCGUGAAUAUCACUCAUCUGAUCGUCGAGACAGGGACAGGGACAGGGACAGAGAUAGAGAUCGGAACGACCGACCCCGUCGCGAACGCUCGCGAUCUCCACAUCGCUCUUCGAGAGCAAGUAGGCGCGAGGAUUACUAUGACGGCGGAGCAAGGGACAGCUAUAGAGAGCGCGAUCGUGACGGCGGAGAUAGGUAUACCGGCGGUGGUGGCCGCGAUAGAGACUUUGAUAGGGAGAGGAGACGUGGCGGCGAUGGCGGCGGACGCGGUGAUAGACGAGGUGAAAGGACCUCUAGACAAGAAACCAGGAGCACAAGGAGUGCUGUGGAUGAGUUCCCUGCUGCUCAAAGAAAGCGGUCGGCAACACCGCCUGUAAAGAAGAGGGAGCCGACACCUGAUUUAACAGAUAUCAUUCCUAUUAAUGAGAGGAAGCGGAGAAUGACCAUGUGGGAUAUUAAGCCUCAAGGAUAUGAAAACGUCACUGCUGAACAAGCAAAGCUUUCUGGAAUGUUCCCACUCCCCGGUGCACCAAGACAGGCCCCAAUGGAUCCCACUAGGCUUCACGCAUUUAUGACGCAACCAAGCAGCGUAGCCACAGCAGCUACACUCAAACCCACAAACUCACGCCAAGCCAAGCGUCUUUUACUCAGCAAUCUUCCCCCAACAUCUGACGAGGAAAGCUUACUGCAGUUCUUCAACCAAUCGUUGUCUUCGCUUAACGUCGUUACAGGCAGUCCCGACCCUAUAACCUCCGCGCAGCUCUCAUCUAGCAAAGACAUAGGUCUUCUUGAAUUUAAAAACACAAAUGAUGCCACAGUUUGCUUAGCUCUCUCAGGAAUUGUGUACAAGGGUGCCAAGGUUGACAUCAAGAGGCCUAAGGAUUACAUUGUACCUCUUGUAGCUGAUGAUUCUGGUCACCACGAACCAGGAGUUAUCUCUAGCAAUGUGCCUGAUACACCUAACAAGAUUUUGGUAUCACAAAUUCCGGACUAUCUGCAGGACGAGCAGGUCAUCGAACUCCUGAAGAGUUUUGGUGAUCUUAAGGCUUUUAUUCUAGUCAAGGACACGACUGAUGAUGUUUCCAAGGGAAUCGCCUUUUGUGAAUAUCUAGAAUCCAGUACCACAGAUAUUGCAGUAGAAGGACUCAACGGGAUGGAGCUAGGCGACAGCACACUCCGGGUCCAGCGCGCUUCUAUUGGGAUGAAACAAGCUGCCGGAGUUGAAAUGGGUGUUAACGCAAUGGCCAUGAUGGCAGGAACUACAAGUGUCGACCUGGAAGCUAGUCGCGUACUGCAGUUGCUAAAUAUGGUGACACCGGAUGAAUUGAUGGAUCCCGACGAAUAUGAAGAAAUUUGCGAAGAUAUUCGUGAUGAGUGCGAAAAGUUUGGAGCUCUUGUUGACAUGAAGGUUCCCCGUCCUAGCGGCGGUAGUAGGCAAGCAGCUGGCGUAGGAAAGAUUUUCGUUCGAUUCGAAACACAAGAAUUUUGCACUUACUUUUCAGAAGAGAAUUAUGAGGUGGGCGCAUUUUAA